AUGCGCCAUUCGUCGUCGUCCUCCUCCGCAUUCAGAACUAUGAAUCCGCGGCAUGCAUUGUUGCCUCGAUAUCAUCUGAACGAAGAAAAAGGUGAUCUCUUCGCCUUUGAGAAGAAUCCUCGAAGAGUGCGGGUUGCGAGGCGCGGCGCUGUUCUAGGUGUUUCGGAAUACAUGCAGCACUUUUUCACUACCGGCUCUCAACGAGCUCUCGCGGAAACUGCUAGAGAAGUAGAUUUUUCAUCUCGAACACGAGGAUCUCCUUCCGGCCCAUUACCAAAGACUCCGCAUGAAGACGCGCGUACAUCGCUUCUUGUGCCGCAACCGCUCAUCGGCGCAAGUCUCUUAGCGCCACCUGCCCUACCAUUCGCUGCGAGUCGCACAAUGUCCUCAUCUGCCAUCUCGACACCACGCGAUCACGACGCAACUACUAAUGCGAUUCUCUAUAACAUGGCCUUAAACAGUCCUUCGAAGCCCGGGUUUGACAAGGGCCAUCUUCUGAGGGAGCAUGAGCAUCUUGAACUAGAUCUAGAACUGGUACAAGAUGAGAAUUUCGACUGCUCGAGGACAUCCUCUCCUGUUGCCUUCCCGCCUCGCUCUAGAACUGAGACCAAUCAAGAACAAAGUGGCAAGCCAAUCAAUCUAGUAGAUGAGCCCGCGCCCCUUCGAGCCCGAGCGUCCCCUGCCGCCUCGAUUUCAUACUCCAAAGGUAUAACCAAAAAAUCAACUAUUGGUCCAGAACCAGACUACGUACCUCAUGCACAGUCAGCCUUUGUCUCAGCCCGCCGUCGUUGUGUCUUUCUUGCGAUCGAAUUUUCUCGGCUUUCCGCUCUAGAAAAAUCUAGUAUUCGUCUCGCUGCCAUUUUACGCAGUUGGCUGAUGCGUCACUAUCUAGUAGAGCGUGCAUAA